AUGAAAUCCCGGUUCAGACCUCCAUUGCGGUUGUAUCGAGGAUUUUUGUACUCUACCACGUCGUCAUUGUCGCAACAAAUGUGGACCACGUCCCGGAUUAAUUUUAUGCGUACGUUACCGUUGCCACCGCCUGACGGAAUGGAUGAAAUUGCAUAUAUAAAAUUGGCUUUGUUGGAGAGAGGAUGCCAGUUUUGUCCGAGGAAAUCAAAACCAAGAGUAUAUUGGGCUUUUCGUGUACGCUGCUGUCGAAAGUGUUUGAACUCGAAAACUCAAAUUGAGGAAAUUGUACAAAAUUCAUCUCAGCAUAUACCUCAUGGUCUUGCAAUGAGGCUUCCUUACGCAAUAGUAGAAGAAAUUCGAUAUUUUUGGAAAGAUGAUGUGCAAGCUGCCAAACUGGAGUACAGCCAAAAAUCUUCUUCUCGUGAUCGACAUUUGUUUCUCGACCAGCUCACCAUAAAACGAGAUGAUAGAAUGGAAGAUGCGACCGCACGUGAAAUUGCUGCUAAACAAGGGAGAUCCGAGGAAAUUGCAGAAAAUAAAAAGAAAUUACUUGGUCUAAUUGAGCGCAUGUCUCAAGAACUGCAUGAUGACGGGAGUCCGGUAUAUCAAUUUGAGGCUCUUAAAAAGUGUCCGUCGUACCUUAGGGCUUCUUGUUCUUUAGAUAAGCCUCUGGACUUCACAUCGAUAAGACAUGACCUCGCUAAGGAGUAUUAUGAGAUUAUUACCGAAAGUGCGAGAAAGAAGAAACAAAGAAAUUUAUUACAACUAAUAAUUCUUCUUCGCACGUCAUUGAAGGAAGCAUAUCGCUACGAGCAGUCAAGGAAAGCAGCAGCACGGGACCCGAACAUCAGAGCAAUUCUUGAUAGACCAUCUUCAUCUACAAAAAAACACGCCGAUCAUGCUCUUGAGAUUUUAUUUCGUGUCACUGGUCAAAGAACCGAUUUAGCCACGACAUCAAAUUAUCGUUUUAUGCAACCUCUUGAUGACUGUGAAAAACUUUUGCGUUUUUGUUUUUCUUACAAUUGUACUCAUGAGCUGAACAGGUGGGAUGAAAGUUUCUUCUUGAAUACUUUGAUCCCAAGACUCUGUCGCGAAGCUGCUUCAAUCGAUCAACAGUAUCAACCUUGCUUCACUGUACGCAAAGCUCUUGCACAAGGAUGGGCGACACAACGUGUCUUUAAAUGUAGACUAUGUUCAAAUAGGAAGCAAUUUGAUUACACGGCCAUUAAACAACACUUGCAAAGUUUGCGACAUAAUUUACAAUCCUUCGAGGACGAUAAAAUGAUGAAACUGCAUUUAAUGCAUGGUAUAAUGUCCGAUGGUCCCAGUAGUUUCUGGUUGGCUCAUUUACCAAUACCAAAUAUCGUCGAUCCAAGAGAUGUCAUUGUCAAAGUCCGAAUUUCUGGUCUUUGUCCCACAGAUACUCAAACAUCUAAAUCGGUAGUCGGUGAACUUGACAAGCGUACUGUAAUGGGACAUCAAUUUGUUGCCCAAAUUUACGAUAUCGGCCCUUCCGUUAAAAAUUUCACUAAAGGAGAUUUAGUAAUGUGUCCCCCAAAGACAUCUUGUGGAGAGUGUUUCUAUUGUAAACGAGAUAUGACUUGUCACUGCGAUAAAGGACAACUCUUUGGUUGGUCUUCUAAUGGAAAGCGAUUUGACGGUGGACAAGCCGAAUACGUUCGCAUACCCUACGCCGAAACAUCACUAUUCAAAAUCCCAUCGGGAAUAAGUGAGAAAGAAGCUCUUUUAUUGGCAGAUUUCAUCCCGGUUGGAUUCUUUUGUGCUGAAAAUGCAAUGAAUCAAUUAUCGGAAGAAGAAAAAGCGAAAAGCGUGGUAGUCGUAGUUGGAUGUUCUCCUGUAGGGCUUGCCGCCAUUGCAUCGGCUAUAUAUAUGGGCGCCAAAAGAGUAUUUGCAAUCGAUCGAACACUAGAAAGAUUAAAAUUUGCGCACGCCUUUGGUGCUACUCCAAUUGAUGCAGUCACCGAAGAUCCAAUGGCGAUAGUAAGAAGAGCUACUGGUGGAAGAGGUGCAGAUGUUGCUUUAGUUGCAGACUUUGAAACAGAAAUUGAGCUCUCUCUAAAACUUAUAAGACCUGCCGGCAUUCUAUCAAUCGCCACCAUGAAUUGUCAGCCUCUAAUGGACAUAACAUACUCGGAGCAGGAUCUGGUCACCAUAUCGAAACAUUGUCCGAUACGUAAAGUAAUCCCAAAAGCUAUUCCUUUAGUUAAAUCAAAAAAAUUUGACUUUGAAAGCAUCAUCACACACACACUUCCAUUACGCGACGCUGAAGAAGGAUACAAGUUGGUUGGCAGUAAUCCGGAUUGUUUGAUGGUUGGAUUUCUUGUGGCUGAUCAAUACCCAGAAUUAAUAAUAUAA